CGACUUUCUGCCGGCCUCCUUCGCACUCCUUAGGCUCUGCGUGGUGACGCAGCCAGUGACUCGCCUGAGCGCUAAAGCUCAGGCCUGUGGAUCCUGUAGGGCUGCGCUCGGCCCUGGUCUCCUCAGCGAAGACUGCCCUUCCUUCCUUCCUUCCUUUCUCCCUCCCUCCCUGGCCCCAGCCCCAGCCCCGGAAGGAAAGCGGAAAAGGAAAGUUGAAGCGCAGGAGAAACUGCAGCCCGCCGGCAAAGGCCAGACUCGGGUACUUGCUGGUGUGUGGAGAGCAGCUGGCAAAAGACGGGCACCGGCUCUUCCUCCUUCUCUUCACACUGAUAAACGGCCAAGUGAAACUUGUCUGCAUGCAGCCUCUUGAAGGAAGCCGCCGCAGGGACCACCGACAGCAGCAAGACGGAAAUAUGCUUUGAAAGUAUACUCAAGAUACCAUGGCCUGUCUUACAAUAACAGAGAUGGAAGGGCCGACAUCAUCUGCUGUUCAACAGAAUGGUGGCAUCCUUGGGAAUUCAGCCCUUCACACAGCAAGAGAACCAUUGCUUCGGGUUUAUCUUUAUCAUUCCCCAGGGAAGGUGGAAGGCGAUUAUCUACAGUUUCCAGCUGAAGAAUAUGUUGCAGAAGAGAUCUGUAUGGCUGCCUGUAAGGCUUGUGGUAUCUUGCCAGUCUACCAUAACAUGUUUGCAUUAAUGAACCAGGCAGAUAGAUGCUGGUAUCCUCCAAACCACACCUUCCAAGUAGAGGGAUCAGCCAAUGACACCAUACUGUAUCGAUUAAGAUAUUAUUUCCCUCACUGGUAUUCUAAUGGCAGUACACGAGCAUACCGAUAUGGUGUUUCUCGGGGUGCAGAGAGUCCUGUUCUUGAUGAUGUUGUCAUGUCUUAUUUGUUUGCCCAGUGGCGUGAAGACUUUGUCCAUGGAUGGGUAAAGAUGUCUGUUACUCAUGAAACACAAGAAGAGUGUCUCGGCAUGGCUGUUCUAGACAUGAUGAGAAUGGCGAAAGAGAAGGACCAAACUCCCUUGGCUAUCUAUAAUUCUAUCAGCUACAAAAUGUUUUUGCCCAAAUGUAUCCGAGAAAAAAUCCAAGACUAUCACAUUCUAACACGAAAAAGAAUAAGGUACAGGUUUCGCAAGUUUAUUCAGCAAUUCAGCCAAUGCAAGGCAACUGCCAGAAAUUUGAAACUGAAGUAUCUUAUAAACCUGGAAACCCUACAGUCUGCCUUCUACUCAGAAGUGUUUGAAGUAAAGGAGCCUGGCAGAGAGCUUUCAGAAGAAGAGAGUUUUGCAACCAUUGUAAUAUCUGGAAAUGGAGGUAUUCAGUUGUCCAGAGGGAAACAUAAAGAUAGUGAAACACUGACAGAACAGAACCUACAGACCUACUGUGAUUUUCCUGAUAUCAUUGAUGUCAGUAUUAAGCAAGCAAGCCAGGAAGGUUCCAGCGAGAGCAGAAUUGUAACAAUUCACAAGCAGGACUCCAAGAAUCUGGAAGCAGAGUUUCAUUCAUUAAGAGAAGCUCUUUCUUUUGUGUCGUUAAUUGAUGGCUAUUAUAGAUUAACUGCAGAUGCUCAUCAUUACCUCUGUAAAGAAGUAGCACCCCCUUCAGUGCUUGAAAAUAUCCAGAGCAAUUGCCAUGGUCCAGUUUCAAUGGACUUUGCAAUCAAUAAACUGAAGAAAGCUGGCAGUCAGACUGGGUAUUAUGUUCUUCGUUGCAGUCCAAAAGAGUUUAAGAAAUACUUUCUGACCUUUGCUGUGCAGCGGGACGGCAUCACUGAUUACAAACAUUGUUUAAUAACCAAAAGUGAAAAUGGUGAGUAUAAUCUCACUGGUACAAGAAGAAGCUUUACAAACCUUCCAGAUUUGUUGAAUUGUUACCGGACAGAAACUGUACGAUCAGACAGCAUAAUUUUCCAGUUUACCAGAUGCUGCCCUCCAAAGCCAAAAGAUAAAUCUAACCUUUUGGUAUUCAGAAGCAAUGGAGUGUCAGAUAUACCAACGUCUCCCACCUUGCAGAGGCAUAAUAACAUCAACCAGAUGGUCUUUCACAAAAUCUCAAAUGAAGACUUGAUAUUUAAUGAAAGCCUUGGGCAGGGUACAUUCACCAAGAUUUUCAAAGGUGUGAGGAAAGAAGAAGGAGACUAUGGCAAGGUGCAUGAAACUGAAGUCCUGCUGAAAGUUCUGGAUAAAGUUCACAGGAACUACUCUGAGUCUUUCUUUGAGGCAGCAAGCAUGAUGAGUCAGCUUUCUUACAAGCACCUGGUAUUAAAUUAUGGAGUUUGUGUGUAUGGAGAAGAAAAUAUUCUUGUACAGGAGUUUGUAAAGUUUGGAUCAUUGGACACUUAUUUGAAGAAGAAUAAAAAUUCUAUAACCAUCCUGUGGAAAUUGGAAGUUGCCAAGCAGCUAGCAAUGGCCAUGCACUUUCUGGAAGAUAAAAACCUUGUUCAUGGAAAUGUAUGUGCAAAAAAUAUUUUGCUUAUCAGAGAAGAAGAUAGGAAGUCGGGGAACCUUCCUUUUAUCAAGCUUAGUGAUCCUGGCAUCAGCAUUACAGUGUUGCCAAAAGACAUUCUUCUUGAGAGAAUACCCUGGGUUCCACCUGAAUGCAUUGAAAACCCCAAGCAUCUGAGUUUGGCAACAGACAAGUGGAGCUUUGGGACCACCCUGUGGGAAAUCUGCAGUGGGGGAGACAAGCCUCUUAGUGCACUGGAUUCUCAGAGAAAACUGCAGUUUUAUGAAGACCGGCACCAGCUUCCUGCUCCAAAUUGGACAGAACUGGCCAAUCUAAUAAAUAACUGUAUGGAUUAUGAGCCAGACUUCAGGCCUUCUUUCAGAGCAAUUAUACGUGACCUUAACAGUUUGUUCACUCCAGAUUAUGAACUAUUGACAGAAAAUGACAUGUUGCCAAAUAUGAGAACUGGUGCACUUGGAUUUUCUGGGGCUUUUGAAAGCAGGGACCCAACCCAUUUUGAAGAGAGACACCUCAAGUUCUUACAGCAGCUUGGCAAGGGUAAUUUUGGUAGUGUAGAGAUGUGUCGAUAUGACCCACUGCAGGACAACACAGGGGAAGUGGUAGCUGUUAAAAAGCUGCAGCACAGCACAGAAGAACAUCUGCGGGACUUUGAAAGAGAAAUCGAAAUUCUCAAAUCCUUACAACAUGACAACAUUGUCAAGUAUAAAGGAGUCUGUUAUAGCGCUGGUCGGAGAAACCUGAAGUUGAUAAUGGAAUAUUUACCCUAUGGAAGUUUACGCGACUAUAUCCAGAAACAUAAAGACAGACUGGAUCAUAAGAAACUCCUUCAGUAUGCUUCACAGAUAUGCAAGGGAAUGGAGUAUCUGGGCACAAAAAGAUACAUUCACAGAGAUCUUGCAACGCGGAACAUCUUGGUGGAGAAUGAGAACAGAGUUAAAAUUGGAGACUUUGGCUUGACAAAAGUUUUGCCUCAAGACAAAGAGUACUACAAAGUAAAGGAACCAGGCGAGAGUCCUAUAUUUUGGUAUGCUCCAGAAUCACUGACAGAUAACAAGUUUUCUGUGGCCUCAGAUAUGUGGAGCUUUGGUGUGGUUCUGUACGAACUCUUCACGUACAUAGACAAGAACAAAAGCCCUCCAGCGGAAUUCAUGCGCAUGAUUGGCAAUGAUAAGCAAAACCAGAUGAUCGUGUACCAUUUGAUAGAGCUUUUGAAAAAUAACGGACGGUUGCCAAGACCUGAUGGAUGCCCUGAUGAGGUUUAUGCCAUCAUGACAGAAUGCUGGAAUAAUAAUGUGAGCCUGCGACCCUCCUUCAGGGACCUUGCUCUGCGAGUGGAUCUCAUAAGGGAGAGCAUGGGCGGAUGAGAUUGCUGGAAUUUAUCUGGAGGGACACACUGGCGUACGGAACAAAUAUGUUCUUUGGAUGGUUGCAGAUGAUUGGUUUCCCUUGCACUGCCAUAUGCAUUCAUCUUGUCUGAGGACAGAGGUUGUUGAGAAUCAUAUCUGAACUUGCACACAAUGUGUACAAAUUCUGCUUAGUUUCUUCAUCAAGAAUACUACAAUGAUACACCAAUGAAAAGCACUUUGGCUUUCUGAAAAGCAAAAUAGCAUAAUACAUGUCCAGUCUGCAAUCACCAUGGUUUGCCUUGUAGAGUCAUAGCACAGUUGUACCAAAAGAAAUUCAAGCAGGGAAGAUGAUAGAAGGAUGAGGAAACUGAAUUAAGAGACUGAAGAUAAGUCUAUAUGAUGGCUGCCUUGGGUUGCUGCUGAAAUGAAGGUGACAGUGAGCAGCUGACCUGUCAUACUUCAUUAUGUUGGAAACAUCUUGGGUCCAGUUUAAUGAUGCCACUAGAAGCGUCCAUGCUAAGUUGCACCACAUUUAAGAAAGACAUAUAUUUGCACUUAAACAACAUGCAGAACUGUAUGGGAAUACAGAGAUCCAGAUACACCCUGUACCAUUCAUUGUCAUUGUUUAUGGAUGUUGUCUUGAUUUCUACAUGGUAACUUUUGUCCAUUUUGCCUGCCACAAAAGGUGACUGUUUAACAGACAAAGGUUUUUUCAUCUAGAUGACCAAUAACAUAAUUGGUUUUGCAUAAAUGUACAUUUUUCUGGAUCGUUUGUGGCUAUGCAAUAAGUGAGAGAUUGAAGAAUUUUUAAAAACAGACAAUUGAAGUGUGUGGCAGAAAGUCACAGUCUCUACCAAUCUGUGGUGAGAGAAGAAAGCAGCCCUGACUGAGCAUGAGGCUGGUGUGUGGGUCAUGGAAGAGACCAAUGCUGGUGCCAACAGGAGGAACUGCUUAAGCCUGGCAGCUGUUCAGAGUAGAGUGUCAGAUGCAAAAUGCAUAGCUGCAUUCUCUGCAAACUACAGCAUGCAAAAAGAAAACCCAGGAGAUGUCGUGAAUCUUUUCCUCACUGAACAGAGAGGCUUGACAUUCUUACCAUGCACAGCACAAGGGCUUGUGUUUUAUGAAUGGGGUUAUAUAAUUUUUACAAUGUCCAGGCAUAAUGGCUUCUCUUUAGAACAAGUCAAAUGUAUAUUUUUGGAUAGUUUAUUGGGCAAUUUUCUAUGUGCCUGUCUGAGCCAAUCACUGGCCAGCAAUAUGAGCAGAGAUACAUACUAAGGCAGAGUGAAAUAUUGUAUAUGUUUUGAAGGAAAGGGAUCAAAUUAUAUUUUUUUUUCAAAAAAAAUGACUGCUGAAAAUUGCAUUUUUUAGAUGAACAAGUAUAUAACUGUCUAUUUUCUUAAGUGUGCAUUGUGGAUGUGUUACAUUCUGUUUGUCUCCUAAAGGUACAGGAAUUUGCAAGCAUAUCAUAGCAGCUUAAUAUUUUCCAAAUGCUGUACCUUUUCAUCCUUGCCAAUCUUAUCACAUGCUUCACUUUUCCUCCCCCCCCCCCCUGCAUUUUUUGCAGGGUGGGUUAUUCAGAUAAAAAUGGAAAGCAAUCUUCUAAUGUAACUAAGAACAAAGGGGGCCCAAGAGAGUACCUUUAGGCUGUUGAAUAAGUUGGCUGUUUGUAGUAGCAGCUCUGUGAUUCUGCUUGCUUAAUUUUACUGAGUAAUUUGUAAAAUAAAACUGAGACUUAGUGCAGUUUCUUCAGCUCCAAGCUCUGGGAUGUAGAUACGUUUUUUCAGAGGUAACAUACAGAGUAGCCAGCAGUUACCCUUGGCCAUUUUUCUCUGGCUAGAAGUUUUGGAGCUGUCCCUGGAGUUCAACAGAAAUGGACAAUUUGCCUCAUCGCCUUGCUUGCCCACCCAGACACAAUUCAGAGGAAUAUUUGUUUUCAAGUGUGAUGCUUGCUUCCUUCCUUAAAGGAAUCCAGAGGGGAAGUGGGUGAAACAAGACAGCUGCUCUGAAACAUAUGUGAAAUGUUCCAAACGUUUGAGCAUUUGGAAUGUAGCCUUGAUGGCACCAUGCCAUAAAUCCACUAGUUUAUGUAUGUGCCUCAAACUGAGAGGAGACAUGUAGCAAUGCAGGUUAUAGAGGAUGAAAAAGUACCUCAGAAAAGUUGCAAAUAUUUACCCAUAAGCAACAGCAUCAGACCAGGCCACUGUGGACCCCAGAGUACUUGAUAGAACUGGCCUAGUGGCUCCAAUGCAUGUGUUAAGUUUUACAUCCAUCCUUACAGGACUUUCCUUGGUCUCUCUUACAAGUAGUGGUAUGCUUCACCUGAAUUUGUUUGUAAAGGAAAAUGGGAAAUGUCUAGCUGGAAGGGAUCACACAGUCUGUGUUGUAUACUUUAUUCAGGCAGCACCUUUGCAGAUGUUUUAAGAGUAAGGAGUUGUGUCAAGCAAUUGGAGCAGGCAAGGGGGCAGAAGCCAGGGUCAAAAUCGUACCUACUUGUGUUUUAUAACAGUAUGUUAUGUUUGAGCUACUGAAAUUUUUUAGAUAGCAUUUUAAGAGGCAAGGAACGCAAUAUAAGGUAUCAGGAUAAACGAAAUAGUGUGACACUAAUGGAAAUGCAUUGUCUGUCUGAUAAAGGGUUUUAUGUUCUGUGUAAAGAAAAAAAGCUCAGGGAAGUUUGUGAAAUGCAAUGUAGAGAUCUUCCAUAGUACUGUUUUUUCCCUAUGUGAAUAAAAGCCUUUGCUUAUUCUAAUAAAGUAUGUCUAAUUUUCUUAAAUUGAAUGCCAACUUGCAAGUGAUAGGCUUCCUAUGUUUAUUAUUCUGUUUUUUAGAAAGUUGAGCUUUGUAUAUUGCAAUUAGGUAUUUUCAUCAGGCUGGGACUAAGUGGUUCACAGUUCAAAUGGAAAUUUAGGUUCCAGCUGGGAUAAGGACUUAAGAUAUGCAGUGGAAGAACAAUACUCCUGUCUCCAUUAUUUAAGCCUCCUGCCCGUGUAUUGAUGUGAAGUGUCUUGGGACACGUGUAGAUAUAACCCCUUCAAUUCAGUAUAUAAGUGCAGUUGACUUAGACUUUGUGGGUUCUAAGAAUCUGAUCAAAAACAUACUCCUGGGUUAUUUGGAAUUUGUAGAGGAAAUGAUAGCCUCAUGCAUGUGUCUGAAUAUUUCUGCAUGUUCAUGGAGACUUUCCCAAAUUUUAAUUCCAGUUGCAUUCCCCCAUGUUUGGUAUUGGAUGCUGCCCUAGGUAGUUCCCCUAACCUCAAGGAGCAGCUUUUGGAGGGGUACAAAAGGCUGUGGAAUGGAGAAGGGGGCACAAAUUGUUUAUGUGAUUUCAUGUUUCUUAAUUAAAUCACUCAGUGAGGGGGGGCCCACAUCGUACAAAUGGCAGUGCCAGCUGUAAUAUUUUGAAUCCAGCACACUUCAGAAAUAUGCUGUAUUUGCAGUAUUAACUGUGUACAUAUCACAUAACAUUAUACAAUCUGUGUACUAAAAUAUGCACUAAACAAUUGUUUUCCAACAUUUGGUUUAUCAUGAUACCAAAAAUUGCUAUGAUUUGCUGCGGAAGAAAUGCUACACAUUCAGUAUUGCUGCUAUAAAAUAAAGUGAAAAUUCUAGCUUUUUAAAAAUGAAAUUAAUUUUGAUAAGAUGUUAUAAAACUUGGUUGCUUGAAUUUACAGCUACAAGUACUCAUCUGUGGUUCAUUAAAUAGCAACAUGCUAAAUUUCAAAAUUAUCUGCUUUUGUUCCAGAGAGUUGAAUCUGUCCCAAAAUAAGUAAAAGAAGGCAAAAUCAUAUGACACUGUGGCUUAAAACAGAAACAGAAAAUUAGCACGAUCUUGAGUUUGUAAGAAACACUUCCACAGUUCUUGGGCACCUGUUACUGUAUCAGCUGUACCAACGUAUCUCAAGAGUAUUAAAUGUUUUCAAAAAUCCUA